GGGGCCGGGCCGGGCCGGGCGGAGCCGCCCCCGCGCCGCGCUCUGCCCGCUCGGCCCCUGCUCACCGUCGGGGCGGCCGGCAUGUGGCGGGCCCUGGCGGUGCCGGUGCUGGCCCUGGCCGGGCUGCUGCUGCUGGGGCGGCCGCCGCCGGGGCAGGGGGCGGCCUGCGAGCCCGUGCGCAUCCCGCUCUGCAAGCCGCUGCCCUGGAACAUGACCAAGAUGCCGAACCACCUGCACCACAGCACGCAGGCCAACGCCGUGCUGGCCAUGGAGCAGUUCGAGGGGCUGCUGGGCACCAACUGCAGCCCCGACCUGCUCUUCUUCCUGUGCGCCAUGUACGCGCCCAUCUGCACCAUCGACUUCCAGCACGAGCCCAUCAAGCCCUGCAAGUCCGUGUGCGAGCGCGCCCGCGCCGGCUGCGAGCCCGUGCUGGUCCGCUACGGCCACGCCUGGCCCGACAGCCUGGCCUGCGACGAGCUGCCCGUGUACGACCGCGGCGUGUGCAUCUCCCCGGAGGCCAUCGUCACCGCCGAGGGCGCGGAUUUCCCUAUGGAUUCUAAUAAUGGCAACUGUAGAGGGGCCGGCAUUGACCGCUGCAAGUGCAAGCCUGUAAAAGCCACCCAGAAGACUUAUCUACGCAACAACUACAACUAUGUCAUUCGGGCCAAAGUGAAGGAGGUGAAGACUAAAUGUCACGAUGUCACUGCAGUAGUGGAAGUAAAGGAGAUCCUGAAAUCAUCCCUAGUGAACAUUCCAAAGGACACUGUAAACCUUCACACGAAUUCUGGCUGCCUGUGCCCACUGCUCAGUGCCAAUGAAGAAUACAUCAUCAUGGGCUACGAGGACAAGGAGCGCUCCAGGUUACUCUUGGUGGAAGGCUCCAUAGCUGAGAAGUGGAAGGAACGUCUUGGUAAAAAAAUAAAGCGCUGGGAUCAGAAGCUGCGGCACCUGGGGAAGGGGAAGGCAGAGCCCGGACACGGCGACUCGGCUCCGAGGCCCGGCAGCGCCCGGCAGGCACGCAGCUAAAUGUGGGAUCUGCACGGGGACAUGCAGGGGACUGUCUACCCAGACUUCACUGCUGGAGCAGCCAAGGAGAAAUUGCACUAUUGCACGUUAUAUUCUAUUGUUUACUACGAAAUUAUGGUUUAGCUUUUAUUAGUUUUUGUUCUCCCUCUUGUUUUCCGCCUUUUUCUUUUUGGAUAUGUGCAAGUUCUGGAAAUGUAUUUUUUUUUCUUUUACUAAGAACUGUAGAAAACUGCCCUUAUGAGAUGAAGAAAGACAAUUUACCUUUCUGAUGCAAGCAGGAAUGAAAUCUGGCAAAGACCAUUGCUUAAAGUCAUGAUUCACACUGGCUUUCCCUGUUCACUCUUUCUUGAUCACUGUUUGCUCUGUUUUGGGUACGUUGUUAUCUGGGUUUAAAUGUAUCAUUGUUUAUUCUGAAAUAUAAUUCUGAAAUACAUGAUUUUUUUUUUCUUAAGAGAACUGUUUGAAUCAGUACAGGUUUAUUAAGUUUUCUUACAGAUAAACAACGUGUAUAAGGCAGAGUCUAACUUUAAAUAUGUGCAUGUGCACAGGGAACCUGGGAUUUCCAGUGCUUUGGACCUUGAAGGAAAGAUUGUCUAGUUCUGUAGCCAUAAUUUAUAACAUGCUUCUUCUCUUAUAAUGGCAGUUUUUUCCCCCUUUUCUCAGCUGAGUUAUAGGAGUAGACACACUCACCAGGCCUGCUUCUCAUGACAGGUCUGCAGUUUAGCCUUUUGAUUUUGUGGUGUUAUUCUUAAAUCCAUAAAGUGUUCAAUGCUCAGUAACAUAUGUCCAAUAAAAGAAUUGUAGUCGCCAACACAGACCUUACCUGACUUCUGAACCAACAUCAUAUUGCUAAUACUACUCUUGAAAAUAUAAAAUCAAAAAAAACCUUAAUUUUUGUGCUUUAAUAGAAUUCUUUGCCAACAUA